AUGCGCGUCUCACCUGUAAAACAACUCGCUGAGCAAAAGCAUGUACCUGUUUCGACUGUGCCAAAAGAAGGACUCGAGGCAUUUACUCUCCCACCAUCUAUUUGUGAAUCAAAAUCACCUCUGCUCAUAACAGCUUCAUUUGGACAUCGAAUUCCAACUUCUAUGUUGUCUCACUUCCCGUCGACAUCACUUGCGAUCAAUUUGCAUCCAUCCAUGCUUCCUGAUCUUAGAGGUGCAGCACCACUUCAAUGGGCAAUCGCACGACAGUAUACCCAGACAGGUAUUACUGUACAGCAAUUGCACCCAACACACUUUGAUCGUGGUGGUAUACUGAAACAAGUGAUCGUGAACAUACCAACUAGUUGCACAUACCCCGCACUUGUUGAGGAACUCGCGCCACGCGGUGCUGAGCUUCUGGUUGACGUUGUAGCAAGACUACCGGAAUGCCAUGCCCGUUUGAUCCCACAAGACUCAACACAUGCAACCCGAGCACCGAAACUAGCGCCACGUUUCUCACAGAUCCGAUGGGAUGCAUGGAAUGCGGCCAUGAUAGACGCGCGUAUGCGAGCGUUCGGAUAUACGCAGCCAUUAACAACGACGCUUAUACCUGCAACUUCUCAAUUUAGCCCUGCACCAUGCAUUAUUCAUGAAGGACAUGUGUUGUUGGAGACACCAUCGGAAGCGAAGAGCCUGGAGAAGCCUGGACAGGGCGUCUACGUCAGCCACGGAGGAUUCUUGGCGUUCAAAACUAUAUCAGGCAUGUAUGGCAUCACACGCAUACAGACACGAGGAAAACCAGCGCGCUUAUCACAGGAUUGGUGGCGCGGUUUCCGAGACCGAGCUGAUGACCAAGGCAGAAUUCAGUUUGCCUAA